AUGACGGAGGCGCGGCGCAGCCACCCGUCGCAGUACAUGAAGCUGACCAAGGAACAGGACGCUUCCGCCUCCGGCCCCGGCGUGGAGGACAUCCGCCCUGGCGAGCUCAACCUGCCCGUUGCCGUCCCGCAGCUGGAGCGGAUGAAGUGCAUCCAGUGUGGGCAGGUGCUGCCUGAGGGCCACCAGGCGCCGGCCGACGAGCCGUGGACAACCGGCAUCUUCGGUUGCGCUGAGGACCCCGAGAGCUGCUGGACUGGACUAUUCUGCCCCUGUGUGUUGUUUGGACGAAAUGUUCAGGCCCUUAGAGAAGAUAUCCCAUGGACAAGACCCUGCACUUGCCAUGCUGUCUGUGUUGAAGGUGGCAUUGCAUUGGCAAUUCUCACGGCUAUAUUCCAUGGUGUUGACCCAGACACAUCGAUCCUGAUUGGUGAAGGCCUGGUCUGCAGUUGGUGGAUAUGCUCUCAAUAUACUGGUAUUAUUCGUGAAAAGCUUCAGAAGAAGUAUCAUCUUGAGAACUCUCCAUGCGAUCCUUGCAUAGUCCACUGCUGCUUCCACUACUGCGCGAACUGUCAGGAGCAUCGUGAAAGGAAAGGCCGACUUGCAGAAAACAGUGUUGUUCCAAUGACCGUUGUCAACCCACCGCCGCUGCAAGAGAUGAGCAUGGCUGAGAACAACGCUCCCACAUCCGAGAAUGAAGGGUCAAAGGCAGCAUGA